CGUUCCCUCGGGCUCCGCUAGCGUCCCAGCGGCCUAAGAGCAGGGUUGCUAAGCAACCGUGACGUUUGCGUGCGCGAGGCUCCCCCGCGAAGAGGCGGUUGAGAGAGAAGGAGAGAGAAUGAAGUGUUAAAUCAAGAGCAAACUUCUGUUUUGGGAACUUCAUUGACUAUGUAAUUCAGAGUGUCUCCAGUUGCCUACAUUUUCUAAGAAAGCUGAAGAGCUUGGGGUUUGACCGCAGAACUCUAUUUUUUGUGUGUUAUUGUUAAAAACCAUACAAGACAGCCAUGCACAAAAAGGAAUACAAGCAUUCAGCUACCAAUAGCUCAAAUUGGGAGCAUCCUUGGGUUUUGAACAUCAGGAAAUCAUCACUGCCUCCAGUUCCAAUAAUGCAAAAGAAAUACUACAAGGGGAGUUCCUGCAAACAAGAAUCUAUAGCACUUACUGCUGUGGCAUUACAAGACCACAUUUUACAUAAUCUUCAGCUCAAGAAUCUCUCAUUAGCUGAUCCCUUUAAACCAAAGGCACAGAAUAAAAAGAACACAUACAAACCUGUGAACAAAGAUAACGUCAGAGCAUUAAUAGAUACCGGACUGAGGAAAAAAGGUAGUCACCAACAAGAAAAUGAAGACCCAGAACAAGAAUAUGUCCUCAAUCCUUGUCCUCAGCCUCUUACAUUAGCUCAGAAACUUGGCUUGGUGGAGCCUCCUGCACUGCCGCUAACAACAGAUGAAUGGGAGCAUGUAAAGCAACGAUCCAUAAAGCAAGGAGAUUCUGUACACCCUUGCGCCAUAUGCAGAGAAGAAUUUGCACUUCAGCCACAGGCAUGCCUGAAAGCUUUUGAAAGAUUUGCAGGUAAAAAGACCUGUCCAAUGUGUAGAAAGAUCCAGUAUCAAACUCGAGUAAUUCAUGAUGGAGCACGCCUAUUUAGAAUAAAGUGUGCUACAAGAAUUCAAGCUCACUGGAGAGGGUACAUUGUUAGAAAAUGGUAUAAGAACCUGAGAAAAACAGUGCCUCCAAAAGAUCCCAAAUUACGAAAAAAAUUCUUUGAAGAAAAGUUUACAGAGAUUUGCCAGCGCUUACGGAAUUCGUACGAGAACAAUGUAGAUAAACUCUUCUCUGAGAUUGAUUCUACAAUAACUGCAAGUCAAACUAUAUUUCAAGAACUGGACAAAAAGCUGGGCCCAUUCAUAAGUGAGGCUGAAUGGGAAAAAAUACAGAUGCAGGCACUGCGGCAAGAUAUAGGUGACUGCCCGAUUUGCAUUAUGCCACUCAGUCACCCAACUUGUCUUCAGGAUGGACUUCCCCAAGACGGCCACCAGUCAUGUUCACGCAAGACUGUUCUGCUUUCCUGCUCACACAUGUUCCACAAUGCCUGCCUUCAGGCAUUUGAAGAGUUCUCCUUAGGAGAAACACCCACUUGCCCCUUGUGUCGCUCUUGCUAUAAAAAGAAAAUUCUUCAUAUGUUAGCAUAAAUGAUAUUAAUAUA